GAAAAAGAAAAGAAAGACAGGAAAUUGGCGCUGGAACGCCAUUUCACACUGCCAAGCGAGACAGGUAUCCUGAUUUAUCCGAAUCGUACAGCCAAAAGUGGGAAAUUUGAUUGCAAAAUUGUCACGCUGAAUACGUUGCUCGAUUAUCGCAUUGAAGAAAACAAGGAGCAUUCUUUCGAGCUGGCGAUUUUGGCGGAAUGCAUCAAUGAAAUGUUGGAUCGAUCGCUAGCAUUUGGCAUAUAUAAAGCAUUGCAUUGUGCGAUUGAUAAGGACUCCGAAAAGAAGCGCCGUGAAGAAGCGAAACUUGCCGAGAUUGUUGCUGCGGAAGGUAAAUUUCAAGUUUUUGAAGCUGAAAUUCGUUACUUUUCAUUAGAAGCCACAACAGAAGGAGCAGCGGAGAAGAUCGAGAAGACAGACGAGCAAAAGAAGAAGGAGGAGGAGAAAAGAGAUGAGGAACGCAAGAAAGCGCUGGCCGAACCGCGUAAAUCGAUUGUUGUGGAUCGCGUUGUGUAUCAAGCUUUUGCUCAUUUCGAUCAGAACCAGUGCGGGUAG